GUUGGGGAUGUGAUCUCGUGCCCUUGAUUCCGUCCGACAAACUCUCAUUUCUACCAUUGUUUUGAUCCUUCGUCUUUCUGACGGACACUUUUCUGUUGAUGCGCCUGUCCAAAAGGAAGCUGGAAUCGUCUCGCGCUGCUUUCGUUCGCUACCGACCCUGAUGGACGAUUGCAAUGGGGGAAAGAGCAAUGCAGUUUUCCUCGACGUCGCGGACAUUGACGAUGCGACGAACUUGCUCAAUGACACAGGAGUCUUGAAUGAGGCUGACCGACAGAUCUAUGACGAAAGCUCGCCCUUGCUUGGUGACGAGUCGGCGGACAGAAGACGUGCUUUACGAGCGAGUCCGUUAGAGAGCUUACCUUGGCGCAAGCGACCAUCUGUGUAUUGGCUUCUUGCGCCUUUCGCAAUCUCGGCCCUCGCCUUCGGUGGCGUGCUAGUCCCUCGCGUCAACUUAGUUUUGUCGCUCAUCUGCCAGGAUUAUCUAACCAAAUAUCCUGCCGUCGACGAGCUCGAUCUCGACGCGAGCUUGGUCUCACCGGGUCAGCCCAAUGAGCGGUGUCGAGUCGCAGCGAUCCAGUCUCAAACUGCCACCUUUAAGCUCAUCAUGAGCGCCAUUAGUGGAACAUUGACAGCCAUUAUUGCACCCAGACUAGGAUCUCUUUCAGAUCGUUACGGACGUACGCCAGUCCUCGCAUUCAUCAAUUGUGGCAUGAUACUCAACGAACUCAUUACGAUUCUUGCCGCUAGCUUCCCUCGUGUGGUAUCUGUGAACUGGAUAUUGUUGGGUUCAGCCUUCGAUGGAGCGACAGGAUCUUUCAUCACAGCGAUGGCCAUAUCGCAAUCAUACUUUUCAGAUUGCACUUCUUCUGAAAGACGUACUAUGGUCUUCGGCUGGCUCCAUGGCUGUCUAUUUCUUGGCAUAGCCAUAGGUCCCAUCAUCGCUGGCUACGUGAUCAAGCUGACCGGCAACACGACGAUCAUGUUCUUCAUGUCUGCUGGCUGUUAUACAGUCUUCAUGUUGUUGUCAUUGCUCGUGAUUCCAGAGUCUGUCCCGAAGCAGCGUCAGCUCGCCGCUCGGGAACAGUACGCCCAGAAAGGGGCUCAGAGAGCCACAAGAUCGUGGCUGAGUGCCUAUUCUCCUUACCGACUUUUCGAACCAUUACAUGUGUUUUAUUAUUCGGAUGCUCCUAGACUGGUUCGGAGAAAUCUGAUUCUACUCGCAGUCCUAGACACGGUAGUAUUUGGUAUUGGUCUGGGCGCGGCAGGAAUUAUUCUUCUUUAUUCGAAUUACAUGUUCGGCUGGGAUGCAUGGCAUCAAGCUCAGUUCACCUCCAUUGUCAACAGCUGUAGGGUUACCUGCCUAUUGGUCGUAAUACCUGCCGUUACGACCAUCUUCCGCUCGCGGCAAAAGCUGUGCGACCAUUGUACAACAGCGCCUAAUAGCCGACCUCAUGACGAAAUGUCGCCGGAAGGUACCGACUCUAUCCAGGUGAACAUCAUUCGAUCUGCGAUUUUGGCAGACACUCUUGGCUUCUUGGGCUAUGCUUCGAGUCCAACGUCCUUGCCAUUCAUCCUUUCGGGAGCGGUCACCAGUGUUGGCGGUAUAGCUUCUCCUAGUUUGCAAGCGGCUCUGACCCAACAUGUUCCGAAAGAAAGAGUGGGUCAGUUACUCGGGGCCCUUGGUCUGUUGCAUGCUCUCGCGCGAAUUUUUGGACCUGUCAUUUUGACGGGGAUAUAUGCGCAAACCGUUGGAUGGGUACCGCAAACAUAUUUUGUAGUUUUAACGACCAUGUAUGGUUUGGCUUACAUAUUUAGUUGGUGGAUAAAACCUACUGUUCGGCGUUAGUUUUGGCAUGUCCAGGCCGUAAGAUGCCAAGAAACAAUAUAGCAACAAACUACGAC